GGUUACUAAGGGCCACUUUACUGUGUGACAGAUCUCUGCAAUGCGACCUCCCGGCAGGCACAGAGUUGCUAACAGACCCAGCCUGGGAAGUACAGGAGAGAAUGUGCGGGCAGCAGUGCUGUAGCGGCCCCCCAGCCCCUUCCCACACGGUGCCCGAUCCAUCUAAGUCUCGCUAACUGGGGGCGAGAGUCUAAGUCGCCCUCCCCUGCUGCUUCUGGCUCUGUCUGGAUGUGCCGCCCCCAGAUCCCAACUACAUCCCCACGGGAAAAAGAAGGAGGGGGCAAGGGAGAUUUCCCUGGCAGUUGGUGCCACUUGCGACUUGCAGCAGUAGCAGUAGCGGCAGCAGCAGCAGGUUCCUGAGCAGAGACUUGCAGAGGCGGAGGUGGAAGCGGAGGCGGCGCUGGGCUGCAGAAUCGCACUGUGCUAUCUCCGGCAGGAGCAGCCCCACUAGCAGCCUCCGCACUGCAAUGCCCGGAGCAGCCCCGCAGCCACUCACCGACCGGGGGGCCGACACUCAGCUGAGGCCACUGCCCUUUCUGCCUGUCCCUCUCAGCUGGCAAACUCCUUGCCUUUGAAUGAAGCCACUUUGUGGGGCACAGGCACAAGUGUCAGCUCUGCUGGUUCUGCUGUCUUUCUCUGCUUCUCCCAGGCUCUAUUCUUCUCUGUCUGAUUUACUAUCAGGGUCUGCUUGAAAUUGCCAGUUACCAUGGAUGAGGCAGUGGAUGUCACGACAGAAAGCAACUCUCUUAUUAAAGCAGUUUACCAAAGCCGACUGCGUCUCACGAGAUUGUUAUUGGAGGGAGGAGCAUAUAUCAACGAGAGCAAUGAUCGUGGAGAAACCCCACUGAUGAUUGCUUGCAAAACCAAACAUGUGGACCACCAAAGUGUCAGCAAGGUCAAAAUGAUUAAAUAUCUGCUAGAAAACAAUGCAGAUCCUAAUAUCCAGGAUAAAUUUGGAAAAACUGCCUUAAUGCAUGCAUGUCUGGAAAGUGCGGGUGCAGAAGUAGUCUCUUUGCUAUUAGAUAGUGGAGCUGACCCCAGCCUCCAGGAUCACACAGGUUUCUCUGCAUUGGUGUACGCAGUUAAUUCAGAGGACAAAGAGACUCUUAGAAUUCUGCUAAAUGCCUGCAAGGCCAAAGGCAAAGAAGUUAUAAUCAUCACAAAGGACAAGUCUGCAUCUGGAAAGCAGACUACAAGGCAGUACCUCAAUGUUCCACCAUCUCCAGGCAUUGAAGGAAGCACCUCUCCCAGCCCCUGCACAUCACCUUCAGAUAUUGAGCUAAAAACAUCUCCCGCUCCAACUUCAAAUACACUUGAAACAGAGAAAGAACUUUUCAACUUUAAAGAGGCCUCCUCUUCUUGUGGAUUUAAAGGCUCAUCCCAGCCAGGCUCUCCUACAAAGAAACCUCAUUUAUCGCAUGUUGGAGGAAAGCUUCCUCUUCUUCAGAGGUUGCACUCUGAGCCCUGGUUAAAAAUCCCACCCUCGCUGCUACAUCAACACAAAGUAUCUUCUCUGCAAGAAGAGCUGCAGGACAUCACUCCUGACGAGGAGCUCUCUCUUCAGAUGAAUGAAUUGAUGUUCUCUAAACGGUACUUUACACGCCACCAGAGCAUUGAUGUGAAGGACGCAACUCAUUUGCUUAAAACUUUUGACUCAGCAGGAGCAAGAAAACUAUCAUACGAUGAAAUCCACUCACAUUCAAUUUAUCCUGAAGCCAUCUCAAACAGGCCAGAAACCCUUCCUGUAGAUCAAGAGCCCGAUUUGAUGCACUCCAUAUCAGUUUCAAGCUUGAAAAGUAUUGUACAAAGGAGAAAUUUAGGUGCAAAUCACUAUAGCUCUGAUUCCCAGCUCACCACCCGUGCUGGCCCUGCUGGAGCAGCAGAAGACAGCAAAUCUCUUUUGGAAAAGAAGAAAAUGUUAUGCCCACAACAACUGCUGACAGGUUCAAGAGAAUCUCUAGAGAGUGUAUCUGUAACUCCUUUGAGCAGAAGAAACCAUGCCAUUUUAGAGAGACGUGGCUCAGGGGCAUUACUCUUAGACCAUAUUGCUCAUACCAGGCCAGGGUUCCUCCCACCUUUGAAUGUGAACCCUCACCCGCCUAUCCCAGAUAUAAGUGUCCACAGCAAGCUCAUGUCUUCAGGAACAAAACCACUCAUACCAUCAGCUCCACUCCUCCCAAAAGAACCAAAAAGCAAGAAAAUGCUCCUACGGAGGCAUUCAAUGCACACCGAACAGAUCAAACAGCUAAUGAACCUUGAGGAGAUUUUUGGCUAAUGUGGCCAUUCAAGGGCAUGUCUUCUUUUUGGUUUUUUUUUUGAAAAUUCAACAAGGUCACUAGCCCUUUGCACCCGGUGCACAAAUGCUUCAGACCUUUUCUGUAAAGAAAACAGAGCCGUUCAGCUUAUGCUGGAUAAAUUAUUCAAGCAAAGAAAGUGCUUGUUAUUUAGCAGUAAUUACAGUUUUCUCUACAAUAUAAAUGAAUUGCUGCUCUACACUAUUUGCUUACACCAGACCUCAAAGAGUGUUUGGAAAGACAAAGUGACUGAGGCGGCUGCCAAUGAAGGCAAUGUGCUAGGCAGAGAACUCAAACCCCUGAGUGUAACUGGGACUAAUAUGCGAAUGGAUGUUUUUUUGCCGCUAGAAUAUUCAUAUUUCUAUGUUACAUUUACCAGUGAGGUGAAUAAUGACAAGGAAAUAUCACUUGCACUUAUUGUUUAGCAACCCUACAUGCUUAAUAGCAUGUAAUUGCCUUUUUUUCCAAUGAAUUUCAGCCAUUUUCACGUGUAUCACAUGUUUAUAAAGCAUCCUUGCCUUUGGAUGAACUAACAUUUGCCUUGUUAUCUGAAGGCAUAUUUUUAAUCUCCAAAAAGGGUCAGAACAUGAAACUGGAUACGUCUGCUGACAGAAUGAGUUCUACAUCCUUGAUUUCCAGCAUGUCCUAUAUACACAAAUGAUGUGGGCGGAAACGCAACCUCUACUUUUGUAUUUUUAAUGAUUGCCAGUUGCACAGAUGUACUUUGGUAUAAAUAGAAUCCUUGUGCUACAUAUUAGAUAUACACCUUGCAUUACAUUUGUGCUUUAUAAACCCUAUAUAUCAUAUAUUAUUCACCACAUUUGCUGCUACUGAGGCCAGGAAUUAGAAAUGACUGAUCCGAUGGCCUCCCUGUGGUUCUGGAAAUGAAGGCUAAAGUGUUUCCUGCUGCAAAGGGCCAGAUUUUCAGGUAUCAAAAGGGCCCAUGUAAGCUAAAUGGACUGGAUGGACUGGACUGUAAUGGCUGAUAAAGUAGGGAAGAGGGAAGGACAGACUUGCCCUAGUGCUGCAAUGUACUGCAAGGGCUUUUUAUUGGAAUGGCACAGUGCAUUUUCCGAUAUCUAGGUGUGAAUAUGAAGGGCUGUGCGCAUUAUUCUGCUUGUUUUGCAGCAGCUGCCCUGCCGAGGCCUCCCCUGACCUGCAUGCUGGUGGCGCUCUCCGCUCACUCUUCCAGCUGCAUCAAUGGACGUUAAACCAAAGAACUGCAAAAUAAAACUCAAAAUCUCACUUUGUAAUACCAAAUAUUUAAUAGUGGGAAGCUGAAAAAAAACCCAGUACUGUGACGUAUCGGUGCAAUCACUGCUGAUUUUGCAUGAGGCAGGAUUAACCCUAGUUUUUAUUUUGAGUUAUAGAGGUUGGGGGUUAUUGUACCAUGUUAACCCCCCACGGUGUAGAUUUUAUUGAUAAGUAAGGCAAAUUGAUGAAAGCGGAAUUCUGGCUGAGCCAGAAAUCUUACUCUACGUUGCUCUUCAUGGAUCUGGAAUUGCACAAUUUGAAACCUGUUUUUUUUUCUAUGUUAAUUUCCAACCAGCUAUUUAAAAUCCUUUAAUACUGAAGGAAUGUGUCAUUUUAUUUAGUCCCAUACAGACCUGACACAACCUUGACUCCCUUAACUGCCAUUUCACCUUUGUUUUAUAAGCUCAGUUUGAAUAAGAAUUCUAAUUUAAAUGUAAAUAGCAAAAAUAUAACUGUACACUGUGUUAUAGUGUGACUAUGAAGCGUGGAGCAGCUGUUUUCAUGACUAUUUGAAGAGAUACACAGAGAUGUAUUGGAAGUGGUACUUAAAUAAUUGGACUAUUAGGAGAAGGGUACUUUAAAUGGCUUUUGCACAUUAGUAGGAGAGAAUUUCACUCUUUUAGAUGUGAACAAAUGGACUUUUGCUGUUUUGUGAGCUGCAUAAUCAAACCAAGUGCUGCUGGAAAGAAUACUAGAAAAACCUACGUGAGCAUAUUUAAGCUCUGAUGUAUUUAUUGAUGCUUGAAUGUUAUACUUGUAUAAUUUCUGGUAAAUUAUAGUAAACAUGGGCAAUAUUUGUCAAUAUUACUAAAGUAAUAUCUAUAUUAUUACAUGUCUUAGUUUAGACUUUGUAUAAAAUAGGCCUUCGGUAUUUAUUUUCAUGCUAUUGUUUUCUUUAUCAUUAGGUAAUCAGGAAGGGGAGAUAAUAAGGGCAAAUCGUAUUGUGUAUGAUUUAUUUGGUAUCCUUAUUACAAGCUGCAAUUGUCAUACUGCUUACCUUGGUGAGGUUUAGAACUAGAAGCAGCGUCCCUUCAUAUUAACUGGAUCAUACCAUCAGUGCAGACUCCCCAGUGUGAAGCUUUAAAUAUUCCAACUCACUUCAUAUGUAAUUACAAAUUAUCAAAGGGAUAGUAUAACACAGUAAGCUAUGGCUUAGUCUCUGUUUGAAGAAAAAUGAAAACUUACAUUACUUGUAUUUAGAAUAAAG